UCAUGUGGUGUCACAUUUAUUGAGCACACGGUAGUAAAGCUACAAGUGCAUUUUUAUGGGCAUUUAAGUAUUUAAUUUUCUGUGAUAUAAUCAGAUUAAACUAUGAUGGACAGAUUUGCAGUAUUACUAGUAAUAGUCUCCUUUGGAUUUGUGUCUGGAAGAGGUUUUCUAAGAACAAUGUUCCCUAAAGAAUACCCUCCUAUGUUAAAAAAUGGGCAGGAUCCAGGUCAACCAGUCUUUUUAUCACCGCUGAUCGAACAGGGAAAGUUUGAUGAGGCCCAGAAAGCCAGCUUAGUUGGUACAUUAGAUGGAACUAGCCUUAAAAGCUAUGCUGGUUUUAUUACAGUUAACAAAACUUUUAACAGUAAUAUGUUUUUCUGGUUCUUCCCUUCUCAGAAAGAUCCAGCUAAUGACCCUGUAUUAUUAUGGCUACAAGGUGGACCUGGAGGUUCCUCUUUAUUUGGAUUAUUUGUAGAAAACGGCCCACUUAUGGUGGACAAGAACAUGAAAUUACUGGAGAAGAAGAUAAAUUGGAACAGUAGAUAUUCAAUGCUGUAUAUAGAUAACCCUGUUGGAACAGGAUUUAGUUUUACAGAAAAAGAUAUGGGUUAUGCCACUAAUGAAGUUGAUGUUGGCAGAGAUUUAUACAGUUGCUUGACUCAGUUUUUCAUGGCCUUUUAUCAGUACCAGAAAAAUGACUUUUAUGCGACAGGGGAGUCAUAUGCAGGUAAAUAUGUUCCAGCAAUUUCCUAUAGAAUCCACAUGGAGAACCCUACAGCUAAAGUCAAGAUAAACUUUAAAGGGAUGGCAAUAGGUGAUGGUCUAUCUGAUCCACAAACAAUGAUGCCACAGUAUGCCACAUUUAUGUAUUCAAUUGGACUACUAGAUGAGAAGCAGCGAGCUUUCUUCCAGUCACAAUCAGAUAAAGCUGUUUCUUAUAUCAAUGAUAGAAAAUUUUUAGAUGCUUUCAUGAUAUUUGACACCUUAUUAAAUGGCGACAUUACACCUUACCCCUCAUUUUUCUACAAUGUAUCAGGAACAAAGAAUUACUACAACUUUUUGUUGACCCAGGAACCAGAUGAUUUUAAUUACUAUGGAAACUAUUUAGCUCAGCCAGAAGUAAGGAAAGCCAUCCAUGUAGGAAACUUAACAUACAACAGUGGUGAUGCUGUAGAGAAACAUCUACUUAAUGAUGUUAUGGAUACAGUAAAACCAUGGAUAACUACACUUAUGGAAAAUUAUAAGGUGAUGUUUUACAAUGGUCAGUUAGACAUAAUUAUACCAGUACCAAUGACAGAAGCUUUCCUACUGUCCGUACCAUGGUCUGGUGCACAGAAGUAUUUAGCAGCAGAUAGAAUGAUUUGGAAAGUUAACCCUAGUGAUAGAGAAGUAGCAGGCUAUGUUAGACAGGUUAACAAUUUUUACCAGGUGGUUGUCAGAACAGCAGGUCACAUUUUGCCAUAUGAUCAGCCAGAAAGAGGACUUGAUAUGAUUACAAGAUUUGUAGAAAAUAAAUCCUUUGUUUAAUUCUCUUUAAGUAUAAUACCUCAAGUUUAAAUCAUUACAAUACCACAAGUUUCAAGCAUUUCUUAUUUAUACAUAUAUUUAUGCAUAAUUUAUUUUUGUAUUGAUAAUUUUUUUAUGUUGAAUAAUUUUGCAUUAAAUUAUUUUUUCAUUUA